UAUGCAGUUUUCGUUGCAACAUAUAAAUAGUCUAAUAUAAGUAAACAAAAGCAUUAUUUGCUGUGUUUUCGACGACCAGACUUCGUUUGUGUGCCAAGCAGUUACAACUCUAAACUCUGUUAAAAUGAGUCUCGCCAAGUUCUUAUUCUUCUUCUUUGCUCUCGCUAUCGUCGCUGUGUUUGCUGCACCCGCAGAGGAAGAAAUUGCGAAGAGACAAAUCUACAAUCCCAGCUUCCCAUACGCUGCCUGGGGCCACCAACGACUAGCCAUGCCGAUCGCUCGUUCAUAUGCCGCUGCUCCGGCCAUCGCUUACGGUCAAGAUGAUGGCAAAUGGUUCCCAGGCAAAUACGAACCCAUGUACAAUCUCUUCUCCUAAAAAUGCCCAGGAAAAACUCUUGUUACCUCUAAUGAAAACAAGUCUCAUCCGAACUUGGGUCUCAAAUCCCGGACAGCAACAAUGAAUGUAUAAUUAAGUGUUAUUUUUGUUUUGUUAAAUUUCGCGAAUUAAAAUCAUCCCAAAAAAAA